AAUUAAGUGAUUCAAGAAAAAUGUAUCAAGGUUACUCGCAUAUAUAUUUACACUGUUAAAAUAUAUACAUUAUUUUAAUUUUUUAACAAAUGGGACAAAUCCAAUUGAAAUAAAUUAAAAAAUUUACUGUCAUGGAAUUUCUAUUGGCUAGCGCAUGAUUACAGGAUUUCACUGUUAGUCCUUAUAUCAUAUUCAAUUUGACGAUUAGGCCCAUUAGAAACCAGAUUACAAAUUCCACCGCCUAUAAGCUAGGCAUCAUCUAUUUUCUUAAGGAGUCUAAAUAGACCUCGUCGUCCGUCACUGAUCUCCCAACUCAUCUCUGCCUGCUCUUCUCGGCGAGACUUUUGGGAUCAAUCAUGGAUGAAGAGUACGAGGUUAUUGUUCUCGGCACCGGUCUCAAGGAGUGUAUCCUCAGCGGUCUCCUCUCCGUCGAUGGCGUCAAGGUGCUUCACAUGGACAGGAAUGAUUACUAUGGUGGAGAAUCUACAUCUCUUAACCUCAACCAGCUUUGGAAGAAGUUCAGGGGAGAAGACAAGGCUCCUGAACAUUUAGGUGCUAGCAGGGACUACAACGUUGACAUGAUGCCUAAGUUUAUGAUGGGAAAUGGCAAGCUUGUGCGUACCCUUAUUCACACAGACGUUACAAAGUACUUGUCCUUUAAAGCCGUUGAUGGAAGCUAUGUGUUCGUUAAAGGCAAGGUUCAAAAGGUGCCAGUGACUCCUAUGGAGGCCCUCAAGUCUCCGCUCAUGGGUAUAUUUGAGAAACGUCGUGCUGGCAAGUUUUUCAGUUAUGUUCAGGAUUACGACGAGAAGGACCCGAAGACACACAACGGAAUGGAUUUGACCAGACUUACAACAAAGGAACUGAUUGCGAAGUUUGGUCUUGAUGAGAACACUGUUGACUUUAUUGGUCACGCAGUGGCACUUCACACCAAUGACCAGCAUCUCAAUCAACCAGCCUUGGAUACUGUAAUGAGAAUGAAGCUCUAUGCGGAGUCUCUUGCACGUUUCCAAGGAACCUCUCCAUAUAUUUAUCCUCUCUAUGGGUUGGGAGAACUCCCUCAGGCAUUUGCACGACUUAGUGCUGUCUAUGGUGGCACUUAUAUGUUGAACAAACCUGAGUGCAAGGUGGAGUUUGAUGAGGAAGGAAAGGUUAUUGGUGUAACAUCUGAGGGAGAGACUGCUAGAUGCAAAAAGAUUGUGUGUGACCCUUCCUACCUACCAAACAAGGUUAGAAAGAUCGGCAGGGUUGCUCGGGCCAUUGCUAUUAUGAGCCACCCUAUUCCAAACACCAAUGACUCUCACUCAGUACAAGUCAUCAUACCUCAGAAGCAGUUGGCCCGUAAAUCAGACAUGUAUGUUUUCUGCUGUUCGUACUCCCACAACGUUGCUCCCAAGGGAAAGUUUAUCGCAUUUGUGUCGACAGAUGCAGAGACUGAUAACCCUCAAACUGAACUAAAGGCUGGAAUUGAUCUAUUGGGCCCUGUUGAUGAGAUAUUCUUUGACGUAUAUGAUAGAUACGAGCCUGUCAACGAGCCGGCUCUGGACAACUGCUUUAUAUCAACGAGCUAUGAUGCUACAACACACUUUGAGACAACUGUUGCUGAUGUGUUGAACAUGUAUACUCUUAUCACUGGAAAGCAACUGGACCUAAGUGUUGAUCUGAGUGCAGCAAGUACUGAAGAGGAAUGAGGAACCACAAAGAACCGGUGGUUCGUGCUCUCGAGUUGUGGUUUCGACUCUUGCUUUUGUGUCCUUUUUUUCAUUAUUGUUCUUUUUUUUCGGUUUGAAGACCAAACAUACAGAUGCUCAUGUCUAGUUCCCUUUACUGUUGAAUUCCCGGUUAAGAUAUAACGAAGAUCUUUAAGACU